AUGCUGCACGGCCUCCUUCGCAGUUUUCUAUCAUCAGCUUGUCAUACUGAUGUGUGGGGAGUAGUCCCCACAUUUCCCCCGCAUUUUGUUCUGAUUUUCUCUGGUGACCCUGAAGUCGACACACUUGUCAUCGGUCUACCUGCCUCGUUGCAUGACAAGGCAUAUCUAAUCUCUUCGUUCUCGUGGCCGGACCAAGGAUGUGUGCCGUUAAGCUUUGCACGUUUCCUCAAAACCCUUCAAACACGAUCAGAUGAUCUGCGUCAUGUUUCGCAUGAGGCAGGCGUUGGGAAGGUGACGCCUCCAAAGGGUGUGAAGAGGUUGUUUGCCUACUUGUAG